AUCUGAGUUCGAAUUCGAUAGGAGAUAGGUUGCAUAGGUGAAACAUAUGAACAUAUUUUACUUUAUUAUAAAUUCUGUUUUCAAUUGGACAUAUUUUAGUUAGCGUGUGAUUUUUUUAAUGUGUAAAUAAUUGUACUCGCGGAGUUAUACUAUUGGUGUUGCUGAAGGACCUUCCAUUAUUCGUAGUAUUUCGUGUCAGCGCUCGCCGAGUUCGUUGUGGCGGUGAUAGUGGUGCCGGGAAUUUUUAGAAGGUAGUGUGAUUCGGGACGUAUCAACAAUGGCUGACCAGCUGACUGAAGAGCAGAUUGCUGAAUUCAAGGAGGCAUUCUCCUUGUUUGAUAAAGAUGGUGAUGGUACAAUCACAACUAAGGAGUUGGGAACUGUUAUGAGGUCAUUAGGCCAGAAUCCAACAGAAGCAGAACUUCAAGAUAUGAUCAAUGAAGUAGAUGCUGAUGGUAACGGGACAAUCGACUUCCCUGAAUUCCUCACGAUGAUGGCGAGAAAAAUGAAAGACACAGAUAGUGAGGAAGAGAUCAGAGAGGCCUUCCGAGUUUUUGAUAAGGAUGGUAAUGGUUUUAUCAGUGCGGCAGAGCUGAGGCAUGUCAUGACUAACCUGGGAGAAAAGCUGACUGAUGAGGAGGUUGAUGAGAUGAUUCGGGAAGCCGACAUUGAUGGAGAUGGUCAAGUGAAUUAUGAAGAAUUUGUUACCAUGAUGACAUCAAAGUGAAGCGUAUGAUGUCUUAUAUCUGGCGCGAAGAAAAUGUUAAUACCAACCAAAAAUGAACCUGCAUUUCUGCUUCCCAUUCUGACACUACUUGAAUUGGAGAUGAAAGUAGCUAAAUUGGAGAGAAGCUUGAUUCAGUUUGAUGUAUUUAAGUGGUUGUAUGAUAAGUGAAUUCAAGGGAUGCAAGUUUUUUGUGUAAAUUUUUGUAACAUAUUUCCAGUCAUGCAGUUUGAUGUGGUUUUAUUGAUCAUCUUUAAUUGUGAAAUUGUGUCCGUAAAUUUAGGAGUGGAUUUUGUGCCGUUCAACUGUUUAAAAAACAAUGUGCUCCCAUUAUUUUUCUGCUCUUUAUUCUUUCCUGUCGAGCUGUGUUGAUGUCACGGGAGGCCUUUUCCAGUGAUGCCAAAUUGAGGCAACAUUUUAUUUCUUGUUUAUUGAAAGUAGAAUUAUUUGCAGUUUCAUGCAGCAUUAAUUUGCUGUCAAAAUCAGAUAGCUUUGUGGUGAACAGGAUGGGCAACCAACCUGUAACAUUCCUUCAACAACCUGUACAAAAGAAGUUAGGAAAUUUUCAAAAGGAGGUAGAUGGUAUUUACAUCUGGUGCCACGUCCUUGGAGAAACACAUCUUAUGGAGUGUUCUUGGUGAUGUCAUUGAGAGCAGUGUUGCCAGCCAGGCAGACUGAAUGAACAGUGAAUGGAUUGGUAUGAAACUUAUGUGAAGGGAAGUGAACUGUGAGUAAAGAACUGUAUGGGACAGCAAGGGCAAUGACCCCUUCUCCAUAUUGUGCAUCCCACAGAUGGGACUUCCUCCACAACCUUGUUUACUGUAUUUGGUGACUUAGAUUGCAUUGAAUAUAAAAGACAAAUAAAUGUGUUUCUUCAUU